AUGUUACCAACAAACGAUGACACAGUGACCAUAGAUCGCAGUCCUACGCCUGAAAUGCAGACUAAGAGCCCAGAGUAUAAGGGACCAAUGAGUCCCUUGUCUACCUCAAGUUCGGAGCCGCAAACAGUUAGAAAGCCCAAAAGAAAGAGGAAGAAGGGUAACAACUGGACUCGCAAAAAGCAUGCUCUGCAGUCACCAGCUCUAACUUCCGAUAUCUCGCCAACGCCAUCCCCGGAAAUUGCUCAAGAAGAGUAUAAGGACGCCGAGAGCUUGGUAGAAAAAGGCCCAGAGGAUAUGUCCAAUGAUUCUGUUAUGGAUAUUCGUCGAGCCGCUGUUGAGCAAGAUUUUGGCCUUCGGCCUGAUCUCUCUAUAAUGGAUAAGCCUAAAGUGCCUAUCAAGAGUAUUGAAGAGACCGAACCCGUGUUAUCUGAAAAGAGUUCAUUACCAGAUUCGAUCGAAACCUCCCGAAUAGCGCCCAGAAAAGAAAGUUACUCCAUCUUGCCUACUCCAGAAACUACAAAACAUGAUCACUUCCCAGCUACUUCUCCGACAGAUCAUCUUGAGGAAUCCAUCUCUUGCCCAAACAGCAAUGCGACCGAGAGACGUUGCAGCAACACGUCCCAUACAAGUGACGAAAGCCCUAUUAUUCCUCCCCACUUUCCACCAAAUCCUGUUUCUCGACCUGAUCGAACCUCUGACCUUUUCUGGCUUCAUGCUUGCAUGCAAGUCCGACGCCCAGAUGGAACUGUCCAUGCACCCGAAGUUAUCGUGUGGCUCAUGACUAGAAAGGGAGGAAAGAAGAGCUCUUGGCCAAGACUUGAAGCGGGCCUGGCAGAAAUCGAGAUGAUGAGAAAGGAUACAAUUGACCUCUCCGAGAUCUGGCGUCGACAAGAGGAGGGGGAUGCAAUUGCCAGAGCCAAGGAGGAGCGCCGCAUGGCCAACAAGCGUCGAUGUAGACCUCGUGGUCAAAUCGACAGAGAACGAGCUGAGCGGCGAGCGGCCCUGGCUGCGCAAAAGGCACAGGAGUCGGAAAUAGAUGGCGCAGAUGAUACCCCCAAGGGGGAUCGCAUGGACGACAUCGACAAGAACCCAGUAACGAAGGCAGAGAUGAAUACCAAGAUCUGGAGCGAUUUUGGGGAGACAAGGUCCGAAUCAAUGGACAGAGCACGGUUGGCUGGAACCUAA